AUGAAAGUGCUGGACGAGAAAACGCGUCGAAUCAUAACGGCGUCGUAUGCUUUACCAGAUCUUGAGACGGCAGUGCAGCAAGUCAUCUACAAUGCUAUCGAUGCUCGUGCGAAGACGAUAAAGUUGGUGGUAGAUAUCAUGACUGCAUCCUUCACGGCUGUGGAUGACGGCUGUGGAAUUCUUCCUGACAGUCUUUACACCCACGUUGGAGAACACCACGCAUCGGCAAGGUUCUCGGCUUUGGAAAGAGAGGAUAGUGAACAGAGUCAACCGAAGCCUUACGGUUCUCGUGGUGCCUUUCUGUACGAGUUAACCUCCCUUGCAACCACCGUUGAGAUCGAAAGUCGCGCGCAGGCGCACUGGAGCUCGUACCGCAAAGUCUUUCAGGAAGGAAAAGUUGUCUUCAACGCCCGAUCAAAAGAUCUACGCCAAGCAUCAGGAACCAAGGUUUAUGUCUCCAAUUUAUUUGGAAAGCUCCCCGUGCGACGCAAAGACCUCUCUCGCAACAUGAAGCAUCGAGCCCGAGUGACCAAAGGAAUCCAAUCCUUCUGCGUAAGCAUGUCGAUGAUAUGGCCAUCACUAUCGUUUGACAUCCAAUAUCAGGGUGGAGAUGUUAGGCCAGUGGCAAUUCCUGCUGCUGCCUCCUGUCGCGUGCGUUUCUUGGAGCAUUUUGGACAUCUGCUUGGAGAGCAGCUACAGUACGUGAAAUAUUCGUCGGAGACUUUCAACUUUUCGAUUCGAGGAUACUACGCUUUCAUUCCUGGUGCAUGUGAAGAGUUGGGGCAGGGAGUAAAGCAGGCCAAGAGCUACUACCAGUUUGCGUUCCUGGGAAACGAAUGGGAAGCAGAGUGUCAUCAAGUGUGCUCACGGACGAUCACCGAGGCUGCUCUAGAAUUUGCAUCGGCCAUUCCCAUUUUUGUUCUGAAAGUCGACGUGGCUGGUGAUCAAUACGAUGCUUGUGAGAUAGGCAAGAAAGAGCGUAUUCGCUUCAAAGCUCCUGAUCAAUUUCGCCAGUUCCUAUCCGAGUUUGUCCAGGAAAUGGCUGCCACCAAAGCGAAGCAAGACAAGAUUCACGAAUCGGGUCGUUGUGAAGUUCCCUUGCACUCGACAACCGUUAGUGAGCCGGAACACGAGCCACCUGCAUUGAUACCCAACGAUUUUGAUGACAUCGAGAGUAUCUUUCCUGACAACGCCACAACGAGUCACAGUUUUGAUCACGAUGCGCAAAGCGUUGACUAUUCGGAACUCCCCGUAUCCUGUACAACUGACGACGCUGCGGCGUGGUCUAUCGAGAGCCCCAACAGGUUGUCAUGUGGAGCUAGUGACCAUAUUGAGAAUGACAGCUUGUCCUUCAGCAACGAGAUGCAUUGUUCCACCACAACAACUUAUCAUGUGCCACAGGCGGCUGAGGCUGGCUUCACAUCGAUAGAUGUUUCUCAUGAGUACGCUGUCAGUAUGCAAAGCGAGGACGAUUUCGAAGGCAUUUUCUUUAACCAGGAACCAUCGGUGCCGCCAGUCGGGUCUGCUGGAAACGCUAUUGGUGUGGAGGAGACAGGAGUACCAGUGAUGCCAUGGUUAAGUAGCAAGCCGGAUGCACAUGAUUGCGCAGAUCUCCUGUUUGGUUUAUGUGAGGACAGCAACUACGACAUGAAUGGUGAACGCUCUAAAGAAGCGGAUCGGAAAGAGCAGCACAUUGAUAACUCCCCAUUUUACUGGGAUGAAUCACGCGAUGACGACGACAAGCGUCCUAUACCCCUCACACCAACCGUUGUCAAUGCUACGUCUGAUUACUUUUCUGUGCAGAAGGUUGAGCGGUCAGCAAAUGAGUUCCUGAGACGUCGGUCAGCGCAUAGAGCAGAUCCCGUCAGGCGUUUCGGUUCAACCUUGUAUGCCGACAAUGUCCACAUCAUGGCUGGAGGCAAAACCAUUAAGAUCACAAAGUUUACCCUCGCGAAGCUACAGGUGAUUCGCCAAGUUGACCGCAAAUUCAUUCUCGUUCGAGCCGCCACUCCUCAAGGCACGUUGCUACUUUGCAUCGAUCAGCACGCAGCAGAUGAACGUGUGCGGUUAGAGAAAUUGGAGAGAGACGUUUUUGGUCACGAUGGAUCUCUUUGUGAGGUGGAGUUGCAUGACCAUGAACCCCCGCUUGCCCUUCGAGUGAAUGCGAAGGAAUAUGAAACAAUGCAAUACCACGAAGAGCUAAUCAAAGGCUGGGGUUUCGAGUUCGAAUGCAUGGCGUCAAGACCAGCACCAGCUUUCAUUAACGUUUCCGAUUCGACCGAGUUUCUCGAAGAGCGUCGUGUGGCGCUGCAUGCAACACCGAAGGUAGAGAAACGAGUCUCAAAUGCUGAAGAUUUUCGAGAAUUCAUCCAGUUCCUGUCGAACGCCGGAGGAACGUAUGUGCAUUCGCACGUUCGACCGCCAGUGAUCACGAGAUUGUUACACUCGCGUGCUUGCCGCAGCGCAAUAAUGUUCGGCGACCGGCUUAGUAUGACGCAAUGCCAGGAGCUCAUCGAGGAGCUCAAGACGUGUCAUCUACCAUUUCAGUGUGCACAUGGCCGACCAUCGGUUGUGCCUCUCGCCGAAAUUUGCAAUGGCAACUUGCCUUGUGGCUCGUCACCGCCAGCAUCGUAUCGAAUAGAGCGCUGA